AUGAACGAGUACGCGCUCGGUACCGUGAGGAAGUGGAGCGGCGAGGACGUAGCCGUAGUCGUGCGGGUGGACGAGAACAAAGUAAAGCGAGACGUCACGGAGGAGAACGGCCCUACCGUAGGGGCGACGGGCGUUCGACUUCGAGGAGCGUUCGGCGUGGCUACUACUCACCGGAUAGCAGUGGUUUUGAGUGAUCGGCGGGAGGUGCUCGGCAUCGACAUGGACAUGGUGAUCCUGACCCCGGUGACAGUGAUGACGGCGGUUCGGACGAUGGGUACCAGAGCUCGGGAAGUGGCAAUGAUCGCCGACGGUCUCGCAGCGUAUCUCGACGGCGGCGUGAUCCAGGACGACGACAUUAACGACACGAGCGAGGUGACCCGCGCCAUCGGCAACCAGGAAGACUGA